UCCCGCCGGGCGCGGCCGGAGAAGGUUGGGCCCGCUGGGGCGGGGAGGGAGGGGCCCGGAGCCGCAGAGCUUUAGGCUUCGCCCCGGCCCCAGCCUCUCGCCAGCUCCGCGGGUCCCGGCCCAGAUGUGGAAGACUGAGGACUGUUGCAAGCACAGAGUUCAGCCCUUGUACCCUCUGCCCCCAAGAGCUCCAUGCAGGUGCCACAGGAUGGAGAAGACUUCGCCAGCCAGCCCUGGUACCACGGCCCCCUGUCCCGUCAGAAGGCUGAGGCCCUCCUUCAGCAAGAUGGAGACUUCUUGGUUCGUGCCUCCGGGUCCCGUGGGGGCCACCCAGUGAUCUCCUGCCGCUGGCAGGGCUCAGCCCUGCACUUUGAGGUGCUCCGUGUGGCCCUGCGUCCCCGACCAGGCCGACCCACAGCCCUCUUUCAGCUGGAGGAUGAGCGUUUCCCAAGCCUGACCUCCCUGGUUCUCAGCUAUGUGACCGGGCAACGUCCGCUCUCCCAGGCCACCGGGGCUGUGGCCUCCAGGCCCGUGAUACGGCAAGGACCUAUUCGACGCAGCUUUAGUGAGGACACCCUCCGAGGCAGCCCAGCUCUGACAGAGUUGCCCAGGACUAGAAAGUGGAGUGACAGUCAGCCUGCAGGGUUGGAGCACAUGGGGCGGUCAAGAGAAGAUCACUGUGGACCAGAAGCCUCAGCCAUGCCCACGUGUGCCCUCCCUCGGAUGGGUAGUGACCCUGUGUUGCUAAAGACCCCAGCUCCCCUGGGGUCCGUUGCUGACAGCCUCAGGGCCUCCGAUGGGCAGCUUCAUGCCAAGGCACCAACCAAGCCACCUCGAACACCCUCGCUGGUGCUGCGUGAUGCGUCUGGACGCCCCCCAACGUACUGUGAGCUGGUGCCCCGAGUGCCCGGUGCCCAAGGAACACCCCCUGGCCACAGCAGCCCGGAGACAGAGGCCCCAUGGUGGGAAGCUGAAGAGGAAGAGGAGGAAGAGAGUAGAAGUUUUGCAAGACCACAGGCUGAGGUCUCUUUCUGCCCCUCUAACAACCCCUCCUGCCUGCUGGGCCCCCAGAAUCGGCCCCUGGAACCCAGAGUCCUGAGUACUCUCCGUGGCCUGUUCCUGGAGCACCAUCCUGGGAGCACUGCCCUCCACCUAUUAUUGGCGGACUGUCAGGCUACAGGACUUCUGGGAGUGACCAAGGCUCAGCGGGGUGCCAUGGGGGUUGCCUCUGGCCUGGAGCUGCUCACGCUUCCCCAUGGGCAUCGCUUGAGGUUGGAACUUCUGGAGAGACAUGAGGCGCUGGCCCUGGCUGGGGCUCUGGCUGUGCUGGGCUGCGCAGGCCCGCUGGAGGAGCGCGCGGCCACCCUUCGGGGCCUGGUGGAGUUGGCACUGGCCCUGGGGCCAGGGGCGGCGGGGGACCUGCCUGGACUGGCCGCGGUCAUGGGCGCCCUGCUCAUGCCCCAGGUGUCCCGGUUGGAACGCACGUGGCGCCAGCUCAGAAGGAGCCACACAGAGGCCGCGCUGGCCUUCGAGCAGGAGCUGAAGCCUCUGAUGCGGGCGCUGGAUGAGGGCGCCGGACCCUGCGACCCCGGCGAGGUGGCGCUGCCGCACGUGGUGCCCGCGGUGCGCCUGCUGGAGGGCGAGGAACUCCCGGGGCCGCUAGACGAAAGCUGCGAGCGGCUGCUGCGUACCCUGCACCGGGCGCGUCAGAUGGCUCAGGACGCGCCCAAGUUCCGCGAAGCGGCGGCCCGGCGCCUGCGAGGUGAGCUCCCCCUCUGUUCCCGGCUGCCAGCGCGUCCGGACUUUCCGAGCACCCCGCAUGCUCUGACUGCGUGCCCCAGAACCCACCCGGCCAGGGACCAGAGCCUUCCGCCACGCCUCCCGGAGUCCCACCCAGACCGGGCCGACCCGGCCCCCAGGGAGUUCUCGCCCCAAGGCCUCGCGCGUCCGAGCCAACAGUGUUGACAGGAAAUUGCUGUCCACCCCAAGAGAGGCCCCGGAGCCACGUCCACGGAGUCCCAGUCCCCGGCUCCCACCUGAGAUGGCCCUGCCCCCAGAGGAUCUCGAUCCCCCCAAUAAUGCCUAGCCCUCUCCAAAAUGAGUCAUUUCCUUCGGUCUGGUAGAACAGCACCCCCACUGCGCUCAGAGCAGUUCCUCCUGUGCUGGGGGAGGCCCAGCCUCCAGAAUCCCCACCUGAGUUACUCCCGCUUUCCCUGGCCGCCUUAGCUCUCUUCUCUCCAAAAAGGCUCAACCUCCCCCAAAAUGUGCCGUGCUGGGUGGCCCAGACUCCAAAU